GCAAGCAUCCCAUUAAGAAUAUAUGAUCCUGUUCUGCACUUUGAACACCCACAAGGUAGAUAUGCAGAAACUGCUGGGCGGCCAGAUUGGUUUGGAGGACUUCAUUUUCGCUCAUGUCCGCGGUGAUACCAAGGAGGUGGAGGUCACCAAAACAGAGGAUGCUCUGGGACUCACUAUCACAGAUAAUGGGGCUGGCUAUGCUUUCAUCAAGCGUAUUAAGGAAGGUAGCAUCAUGAACCGCAUUCCAACAGUCUCUGUUGGGGACAGCAUUGAAGCCAUUAAUGACCAAACCAUUGUCGGAUGCCGCCACUACGAAGUUGCCAAGAUGUUGCGCGAGAUGCCCCAGGCACAGCCAUUUACUUUGCGCUUGGUGCAGCCUAAACGAGCUUUUGAUAUGAUCAGCCAGAGGACACGAAGCAGCAAGAGCUCAAGUGAGGGGAAAAUAGGCAGCGGAAGGGAGACACUACGGCUGCGUGCAACGGGCACUGCCACCAUAGAGCAGGCACCAAGUGAGUUUGAGGAGGAAGCUGCUGAAAAAAUGGAUGACUUAUUGGAAAGCUACAUGGGCAUUCGUGACCUCGAAUUGGCAUCAAGCAUGGUUGAGAUCACCAAAGAAUGCCAGAGCCCUGAAGACUUUGCUCGCGGACUGGAUUUGCUUCUGGGUGAAUUUGCCUUCCCAGAAGAGUUUGUCUCAGAGGUCUGGACUGCCGUUUGCAAGAGCAGGGAAAUCUCUGAGUAGUUUCAGGAGACGGGUUGGGCAAUGAAGGCUGCUUCUUGUCAUAGCCACCCCUCUCACCCUUUUCUUCUUUUCUCUACUCUGCAGUUCUCCAUAUCUUGCAUGCACUGACAUCCACAUCUGGGAUUUCCAUCCAGAAUUAUCACCCGUGGCUCAAGGAUGACACCUUUGCA